AUCACCGGCCCUCUCUCCACAGAAAACACGCGAUCUCUGCCUCAAAAUUCUGAGCCUGGACCACGACCUGAACUUCCUCUGUACUCUGUCUCCAUUGAAGUCGAUUUAAAGUUUGUGAAGAAGAUGCAGAUGAAGAUCAGCUAUUUGUAUUUGCAUUAUACGGAGAGACUCUACCGUCUGAACCUUACCAAAUUACUAGAAACUAGUUCUAAUACCUCUGAGAGACCUCAUAUUGAAGUUGUCCAUGAUUUCUCUGCUCAUAGGUCCCCUGUGGGAAUGAGUUCUGUAAUCCUGGGGUCCAAAUUAUAUUUUGUUGGGGGUGAGAGACUGGAUAUGGAUACAAGUACCCCUGAUUUUUGGAGCAUUCCAAUUUCGCGCGCGGACGCAAAAAAUUGCACAAACUUAGAUUUGUUUGUUUAUGAUACCGAGUGUUUGUCCAUCUGCCCGUAUAAUGUUAAGGUUCCUAGGUUGGGUGGUCCAAUGAGCUAUCCAAUUGUAGUAACAUUAGAGGGUAAAAUCUAUGUUAUGGAGAGACGACCAUACUUUGGUUGUCGGGAAAAUUUCUCCCAUCCCAUUUUUGUGGUUUUUAACCCCACUACUGGGUUUUGGAGAUCUCUCACCCCUCCCCCAUUUUAUAAGCCUUUUUCCCGAGAAUGGAAGGAUGAUGACCUUAUUAUGAACCAUUAUGCCUGGGGCAACAAGCUGGCCAUUGUCACGAAUAAAUCUUCAUAUAUUUUUUAUGCACAUCAAGAGGCAUGGAGGGAGGUGGAUGAUUUACCCAAUAUAUAUUCUUGUGUAGAAUUUAAAGGGUUUUUGAUUGGCAUGUUGGUUGGAGUCACAAACCUUAUUAGUUUUGAAUUGGAUGACAACGGGUUACCUCAUUCCAGUAACUAUCAUGUGCUACCUGAACUUAGAAUAAUAUUCUGUCCUCCUUUGCACAAUCAUAGCCCUGGCUUUGUCAUCCCCCUUGAUGGUGAUGGCAGCCGUAUGUGCUUUGUCUAUGUGGGCGAAGAUGGCACAUUUGAAAGGUCGUUUGCCCGUUUAGCAAUGGUUAAACUUCAUAUAUCAACAUGCAUUGGAAGGCAAAAGGUUACUGCAGUUCUAGAGGGUUUGCACAAUUUCGAUUGCAAUCGACUUCAUUUAUCUGGUCAAACUCUUCUCUCAUCUUUCAUCAAGUGUGAUCAUUUGGACAAGCAUGGUAUCGAGGCUGAUGCAAGUUGCAGUAGUCCUUCCACCCGACCUUGAUCAUGAACAAAUGGAAGCAAGACCCAGUUUGUAAAAAGUAGGGUAUUUAUUUGGAGGCUACCGUCUGUUAUUCUCUACCAACUCUCGUGACACUUUUAUUCUAUUUUGUUAUAGAACUUAAUCCGUAGCUAAGGCUAGUUUGGAAACCUUCAGCGGAAGUAUGGAAGUUUGUUAGUUUGAUCAGAAAUUCAGAUUUUUUUCCUGUG